AUGGUGGUGCUAUGUGAUUCAGCAGGUGGUAAUCUAAUUUCUAAAGGCGCUGUUGUCUUGCAAGCCGGAGGUGCUGGCAUGGUUCUCUUCAACACCCAGGAAUGGGGUUACACUACUUUGGCUUAUGAUCACCUUCUUCCAUCUUCCUUAGUAUCAUACAACGCUGGAUUAGAGAUUAAAUCAUACAUAAACUCAACGGACGAUCCCACUGUCUCUUUGAUUUUCAAAGGUACCACAUUUGGUUCGGUCGCACCGGAAAUGAGUUUUUUCUCUUCCAGAGGACCUAACAAGCUCAGCCCUGGUAUCCUCAAACCUGACAUCACUGGUCCUGGAGUUAACAUCUUGGCAGCAUGGCCAUUCCCGCCGAGGAAUGGUACUGCUGUUACUCCACCACGCAACCGGCCAUUUAACGUCAUCUCUGGUACAUCCAUGUCGACACCUCAUUUGAGCGGAGUUGCUGCUUUGGUGAAGAGCACGCACCCUGACUGGUCUCCCGCUGCUAUUAAAUCAGCAAUCAUAACAUCAGCUUACCUUAAAGCUAGUGAUAAGUUGCCCAUUAAAGAUGAGCAACACCAAGAUGCGAGUAUCUUUGCAAUUGGCAACGGGCAUGUGGAUCCAUCCAAAGCUAUUGAUCCCGGACUGAUUUAUGACAUUGAAGCUAGUGAUUACACAGGCUAUCUAUGUGGCUUGGGUUACUCUGAUGCUAACUUGACCACCUUAGCUGGCAGGCGUGUCAGCUGCGAUGAUGUGCAGGUGGUUGCUGAGGCAGACCUUAACUACCCGACCAUAUUGGUGCCUUUGAACUCAACUGAUGACUCAAAGAUUAUUAUUACCAGAACGGUGACUAAUGUGGGGAGGGCAAACUCCACAUACAAGGCUCAGAUUGAAGCGCCCAAAGCAGUUUCGGUGACAGUGGAGCCACAAAUUCUCAAGUUUCAAGAGAUAAAUGAGAAGAAGAAUUUUACAGUCAGCGUGAGCAAGGCUUCAGGAAGUUUGUCUAGGGAGUGGAAAGCUCAGCUGUAUUGGAUUUCUGAUGAUCAUGUUGUGAGGAGUGUUAUUUCAGAAGUUUCAAAUGUGUGA